GGAGUCUCUGCGCUUCACAACUCCCCCUUCCUUGCCAUCUCUCUGCCCUAACACCACCCUCCCCUCCUCUCUCUUCUUUCUCUCUCUAGCCAGCUUCAGUGAAUCUCUUCUCGACAUGGAUCUUGAGGAAGACAUUCGGUCGCUGCAGCUCGAAUCAGCAGAAGAUGAUAAUGGGGCUAUCGAUCCUGAAGAUGCAAAGCCAGAAGAAGUUGAGAAGAUGGAUGGAGUUGAUGAAGGUUGGAAGGGCGAGGUGGCUCCAAAUCCUCAUCCGGUCCAGGUUGAGCAGAAAGGUAAGGAAAUAGCUGUUCCAGAAGAACAUGAUUCAAUGGAUGUGAUGGAAGAAGACAACAAACGACAUUUGAAUGUUGUUUUCAUUGGCCAUGUUGAUGCUGGGAAAUCAACAAUUGGAGGACAGAUACUGUUUCUCAGUAAUCAGGUUGAUGAUCGUACCAUACAGAAGUAUGAAAAGGAAGCCAAGGAUAAAAGCAGGGAAAGUUGGUACAUGGCAUAUAUUAUGGAUACCAAUGAAGAGGAAAGAGUUAAGGGUAUAACUGUUGAGGUUGGAAGAGCACAUUUUGAAACGGAGACCACUAGAUUUACUAUUCUUGAUGCACCUGGCCAUAAAAGUUAUGUCCCCAACAUGAUCAGUGGGGCAUCCCAGGCUGAUAUAGGCGUGCUGGUAAUUUCUGCUCGGAAGGGUGAGUUCGAAACUGGUUAUGAGAAAGGUGGUCAGACCCGUGAGCAUGUUCAGCUUGCAAAAACCUUGGGUGUUUCGAAGCUACUUGUAGUUGUAAAUAAAAUGGAUGAUCCCACUGUCAAUUGGUCCAAAGAAAGGUAUGAUGAAAUUGAAUCCAAGAUGAUUCCUUUCUUGAAAUCCUCAGGAUACAAUGUUAAGAAAGAUGUGCAGUUCUUACCUAUUUCUGGCCUGCUUGGAGUGAACAUGAAAACCAAGUUGGACAGAAAUAUUUGCCCGUGGUGGAAUGGUUCCUGCCUCUUUGAAGCUCUGGAUGCUAUUGAGGGUCCUCCACGUGAUCCCAAAGGCCCUUUUAGGAUGCCUAUAAUUGACAAAUUCAAGGACAUGGGAACGGUUGUUAUGGGUAAAGUAGAAUCUGGCAGUAUAUGUGAAAGCGAAUCCUUGAUUGUCAUGCCAAAUAAGGCAUCAGUGAAAGUGCUCGCAAUAUUCAUUGAUGACAACAGGGUUAAACGUGCAGGACCUGGCGAAAAUCUCCGGGUUAGAUUAUCUGGGAUUGAGGAAGAGGACAUAUUAUCAGGAUUUGUCUUGUCAAGCAUUGCCAAACCAAUAGUUGCAGUUACAGAGUUUAUUGCUCAACUGGUAUUCCUUGAGUCGCUGGACAAUGCAAUCUUUACGGCUGGUUAUAAGGCAGUGCUACAUAUUCAUUCGGUGGUGGAGGAAUGUGAGAUUGUUGAGUUGCUACAACAAAUUGAUCCCAAGACGAGGAAGCCAAUGAAAAAGAAAGUUCUGUUUGUGAAGAAUGGUGCUAUUGUUGUAUGCCGGAUUCAGGUGAAUAACCUAAUAUGCAUUGAGAAAUUCUCUGAUUUUGCACAGCUUGGAAGAUUUACCCUUCGCACUGAAGGAAAAACAGUUGCUGUGGGGAAGGUGACUGAUUUGCCAUCAAUUGGGAGAGCUUAAACAGUUUUGGUGUUAGACAGAUUUAGCAGAGUUUUCGCCCACAGCUUCAUGAAACUCAACAAUAGUUUGUAAAAAGGAGAUUUCAGACCAGAUACUGAAGGGUUGUGCUCUUACAGGAGGCAGAGAUGCCAUAAAUCUCAAGUCUACCACAUUGGAAGGGCUACAGCUGUCUUGAAUUGUUGCGGCAGCACCUUUUACUUGGUCAUAUAUGUUUAGUCCUUAGUAGUCUGUACUGGAGCCUGGGGCGUGAUGGAGAGCAGGGUCAAUGGUGGUUCAAUGCACAUUUAAGGGUGUUCUUACAUCAUCGUGCCCUGUGUGUUUGGAAGGGGUAAUUAUAAAGUUAUCAGCUACAUUUUUAUACAGCUAAAAAAGAGUUUUGGUAUGAUUUUGUCGAGAUGAGUUGGAUGGGUUUUGUGCCGUGUGAUUUCAUGGGGAGCAGAAUGACUUGAGCUAUCUGAUUUUACCCUUACGAGCCUAUAGGUUUAUUGUCCUCUCCACUCUUAUCAUCCUUUGAGUUUACACAUUGGUCUUACUUCUUCUCUUUGAAUUUUCUUAGAGUCGGAAAUGUUUGCAUACACUUGAAAAAGUUAUUUGAGGAUUUCUCUAUUGCAAUGAGACAAUAGUCCAAUCCGCACUUUUUAUACUUA